AUGAAAGGAAGUUCGAAAUACAGCAGAAUACACGGAUAUGGUAAACCAACGACCGAAAGAUACAUUGGCUCGAGUUCAACGCCUAACGGUUUGGAUACGUAUAAAAAUCCCGACGAUUUAGAAGUUUCCGAUCCGGGUUCUUUGGGUGCCGCAAGCAAUUUAAACGUUGAAGAAACCGAACCACAAUCGUUUCUUCUUGGUCCAAUGGUCGUUCGAGUUCUUCCUAACGGAAUGCCUAUUCCGGGAGAAAAAAAUCAAUUGCCUAAAGACGAAGAUAUCGAAGAUUUUGCACCGGCUAAAUAUUGGACUUUUCCCGUUAACGAAUUAUCUCCACCGAACAAAUUAGUCAGAGAAGAAGAUGAUUUGAAAUCUCCCGUGGCCGCUUACGAGUAUAAAACGACACACAAUCCAAGAUUUCGUCAUCAAAUUCAAAAUUCCUACAGGAUUAAAUCGUCUACCGAUAUCGUUUCUACUUCCACGUCUUCGACCACCACCACCGCCACCCCCAAUUCAUUAAAACAUUAA